GUAUCUAAAGCAGACGCUGACUCGGAUAAUGUUCCAAUUAAUUCAAAUUGUGUGAACACAAUUAGUCCAAUUGAUUUAUCUACUUCAAAGAAUGAUAGUCCGGUGCAACCAAUACUCAAUUUCUUCCCAUCAACUAAUGGUAGAAGGUUUUCUGCUGUGUGGUAUACAUACAAUUGGAUUGAGUAUUCUAUUACUGAAGAUUCAAUUUAUUGUUUUGCUUGUCGUCAUUUUUUAUCUCUUACGAACAACCCAGGAACUAUAAUAGGGAAAAUACCAUUUGUUAAUUACGGUUUAAAAUGCUGGAAAGAACCAAAAAAAACUUUAAAUAGUCAUUGUAAAAAUAAGAAACAUUUAUUAAGUAUGAGUCGUUGGGUGGAUUAUCGUAAUAUUCAACAAAAUGUACAACAAUCAAUUGCUUGUAGUCUGAAUAAAGCUAGACAAAAGGAUAUUCAUGAAAACCGAUUGCACGUUUAUUUUUUGUUAAAAUCUGCACUAUUUCUUGCAAAACAAGGAUUAGCCUUCCGUGGUCACAAUGAGAUGAUUAGUUCAAAUAACCGAGGUAAUUACAUUGAAUUAUUAGAAACAUUUGCUGAUGAUAAACUUCUAGUUCGCUUACGUUCAAGAUAUGGGCAUUAUACAAGUCCCAGUUACCAGAAUGAUUUAAUAAAGGUACUGGCUGAAUGUACUAGAGAAAGUAUUUUAAACAAAAUGUCAUUAUUUGGUGCUUUUGCUAUUCUUGUUGACGAAACCAAAGAUGCUUCCAAAAAGGAACAAUUAAGUUUUGUGUUGAGGUUUGUUGAUAAAGAUUUUGAUGUUUAUGAGCAUGCACUAGGAUGUUUUCAUAUGACAAAUUCAACUGCUCAAACUCAGUGCUAUGAUGGUGCAAGUGUCAUGAGUGGUUGCUUCACUGGUGUUCAAGCAAGAAUACAAUCGAUUGUUCCACACUCAAUAUACAUUCAUUGUUAUGCACAUCGUUUGAAUCUCUGUUUAGUGCAUACAUUAAAUAGUAUUUCUGCUAUAAGUGAAUUUUUCCAAACAGUACAAGGGCUUUACAAGUUUAUUAUGAAUAGUCAAAAUCGCUAUGAGCUAUAUGUUGAAGUACAAAAACAAAAAAAACAAGAAAUAAUUCAUUUAGAAAGGUUAGUAGAAACUCGAUGGGCCUAUUGGUACAAAUCAUUAAAAAAAAUCAAUAUUCGCUUUAAGGAAAUUCGUGAAGUUCUCAAUGUACUAUCAUUAAAAGGUGAUGAAAAAUCUAGAGUGAUGGCAAUAGGAUAUCUUGAAGAAAUAUCAUCUCAGAAAUUUAUAUCAAUUCUGAUUUCUAUGGAAUCUAUACUGGAAAUAGUUCACUGUGCAUCAAAUGAAUUACAAAAUAGUAAACUUUUACUUCCUUCUGCUAUUCAACUAAUAAAUGUAACCAAACAAAAUUUGUUGAAUAUACGUUCAAAUGAAGUUUGGCAGAAACUUAAAAAAAAAAUUGUAGUUAAAGCUAAAGAAAAUGAUAUAGAACUAGACAUUAAGAAGAUCCAGAAAAGAAAGCAAGUUCUCAACCAGAACCUUCAAGAUUAUGUUGUUUCAUCAACUGUGGGCAAAAAUAUUACAAAAUGUACUUCUUUAGAAAGUUUGAAAACAAAUAUUUAUUUUGAAGCAAUUGACAGAUUUUCAAAUGAUGUAUGUGAUGUAUUAAUGGUAACAGAAAUUUUUAAUACUUCUAGUUUAGAAUUUUUUAAUCCAGAUUCUAUUUACUUAAAACGCUUUGUUGAACACUAUAAUUAUUUCAAAAUUGACAAUAUUCUUUUAACAUCAGAAUUUUUAUGUGCUAAAACCUUAUGCCUUUCAGAACACUAUGAAAACUUAGAUCUGUUUAAGAUUUCGCAUAUACUCCACAAAGUUCAGAAUGCUUUUCCUGAAACAUUAAAAAUAAUUUCAAUCUUAAUGACUUUGCCAGCAACAACAGCUACAAAUGAAAGAUUUUUCUCAUCUCUUAAAAGAGUAAAAAAUUAUUUAAGGUUAACCAUGGGGGAUGAUAGAUUGAGUGACCUUUUGGUUAUUAAUGUUGAAAGUACUGAAGCAUCUAAAAUAAAUUUAGAAAAAGCUGUUGAUAAAUUUGCACAUUUAAAAGAACGCCGUUAUCCAUUAACAUUUUAA